CACAGGGUGACACGGACACCAUACGUUCAUUCCAAAACAACAACAAAGCUUCUGUGGUUCUACGCAUUUCCACAGCAAAUUAAUAGGAAAACAGGCCAAAUACAACGCAAGAAAUGGCCGAUUACGAUUGGAACGAUCACCACCGGCAGCAGGUUCUGCAGGGUAGACAAAUACUGGAGCGAACGUCCGCCAGUCUGGCCCGUUCGAAUCAGAUUGCCAUCGAGACGGAACAUACGGGCCAUGAAGUAAUUAACGAGCUUGAAGUGCAGCGCGAAUCUCUUCUCCGUAGCCAACGCCGGCUGGAGAAUGCCAAUGACGAUCUAAGCAAAUCGGGUGCCAUCAUCCGGGCGAUGAAGCGGAAUGUGCUGUACAAUAAGCUUAUUUUAAUUAUGAUCAUCGUCAUGGAGGUGGUCAUUCUCGCGGGUAUGAUUGCGCUAAAGUUCAUGUAGCGCGAACUAACCGGAGUACUGCAACAACCAAAAAUGCCAAAGUGUAAUUAGUGCGUACUUUUUACGCGCGGAAACAGAAACAUUCGUUGAGGGUGGAAAAUGCCCCGAUGAGAUUCUGACCACUCAAAACAGAAGAACACACCCAUUUCCAGUGUGGAGUUAGUUCAGUUCUUGUUUAUUGUAUACAUUGCAUACUGUGUUUAAUAAAAAACAUUGAUAAAUCUUCAUUGAAUAAUAAAAAAAAAGCAAUACUCUAUAA